UAUAGGAAGAAGAAGAAAAAAAAGUUCGUUGUCGCCAUUUUCUAUUCCCUUCCAGUGCCUUUGUGUUUAAAAAAAGAAAAAAAAAAGAAAAACUGGCUGCAUUAAAAGCGUAAUCAAAGGCAGUAAGUCACAGUAAGUCGACAAACCUCUUCGUGCUAUUGUUUGAUUUUAUGUUUCACGUAUUGUGAACCUAAAUUCAGUGAGAAUUGUUUGUCACAUGAAAUCUUUAUCCCAGAGCUCUCAGGGUUUUGAUUUUUAAUAAUGAAUAUUGCCGGCACAAGUUCUGGAAGAGACCUUCCAGCUAACAAAUUAAAUAUUUAUUAUAGAAUACGUUCUAUUUUCCCGAACAUUGCAGCCGAUCAUAUAAAAGAUAUGAUUUUGAAUCCACACUUGUAUGAUAUGCAAGACGUGCAAGACGAUCAAAGUUUUAUUUCGAACAUGACAGAAAAUUUGUUAGUAAAUGGUGCGAAUCACGUGGACCUUGAAAAUGUCGCGAGAAAUUCCAGCUCAUGGAAAUUUGAAAUUAUUCCUACACCUGAUGUACAAACAGGAAGGUUAAUAGAAAUAUUCCCGGAUGCUGAUCCGGAAUAUCUAAAAGAUUAUGCGGAAAUAAAUUACAAAAAUCCGGAACUAAUAAAUACAUUCAUCGAAGACAAUUUAAGGGAGAAAAAAUAUCCAAGUCGCGAAGAUUAUGUUAAGAGAAAAAAACUCGAUGAUGAUUAUAAAAAAUAUUUUACGAAUUUUUUUUCUGUUGCGGAAUUCGUAAAAGAAAUAUCGAAUCCUAUCGAAUAUUUCGAAAAUAUUAACAGGGAAUGUCAGGAUAAUGAUGUUACAAAAGCAUUAUUAUACGAUCUCUUUAAAAAUGUAGAAAAAGCAGUAAUAAACGACGAAUAUGCUGCGUGUAAAUUUAAUGCAACUUUAACGUCCAAUAAUUUAGUAGAGAAACAUUCGGGACAGUUGCACGAAAUAACAAAAGACUCUUUAAAAAGUUUAAACAUGAAUCAAAUUCAUGAAUUUUCUUUUAUUUACAAUAAAAAAAUUUUUGAAAAAGAUUUUGAAAAUUCAGUGGAAGAAGUAUUGGAGUGCCAGACGUGUUUAACUCUCGUUCCGGCAUCAAAAUCGUCAACUUGUGAUAACGAUCACAAUUUUUGCCAUCAGUGUAUUAGAUUAGGAACAGAAUGCAAAAUUUCCGAGGGUAUUUAUAAUAUUCCUUGCUUCGUAAAGUGUAAUGGUACAUACAGUCAAGCAACAUUGAAAACAGUGUUAAAUUCGAAAACCUAUAAUAUUUUGAUGCAAAAACGACAAGAAGAGUCGAUUCUGGAAGCUUCUGUAAACGCAGAAAGUUGCCCAUUCUGUACUUUUUUGCAAGAAGUUGAUGAGGAGAGUAAAAUAUUUUUUUGCCUUAAUGAUGAUUGUAGGAAACAAUCUUGCAGGAGGUGUAAAAAAAUGAAUCAUUUGCCAUACGAAUGUAAAGACGUAUUAGAAAUACGAAAAGCUCGAAUAUAUUUGGAAGAAAAAAUGACACGAGCUUUGAUUAGAAAUUGUCUAAAAUGUGGCAAGCAAUUCCUAAAAUCAGAGGGAUGUAACAGAAUGACAUGUGUUUGUGGCGCUAGCCAGUGUUAUUUAUGUGAUGCAUCAGUAGCGUCGGAUAAUUAUAAACAUUUUAAUGGUCAAGGAUCGGAUCGACACGACUUAUGUCCUUUGUAUACGGAUGACAAGUACCAAGAAGUACAAUCCGUACUGGAAGUGGCCAAAAAAACCAAGGAAGCGAUCCUGAAACAAAAUCCUGAUUUCGAGACGGAAAUGAUUGACGUACUUUUGCCUGUUUUACCUGAAAAAACCGAAGGGCCACACGAUCAAAUACCAAAUUCUAACGAACUUCCAGAACACGUAUUAAAAGUCGCUAAAGCAAUUGCCCCUUGAAAUUUUUCAAAAAUUUACAUAAGAUACUCAUUUCUUUUUUUUCAUAAUUCAUGAUUUUUCGAGAAAAAAAUGAAUUGUUUUUUUUUUUUGUUUACAACAGUUUUUUAUUAAUCAAGAUUAUAACUGUUUAGUUUUUUUAAUAUUAUUUAGAUAGAACUUUGAAAUCAAAAGGAUUUAAAACAAUUGUUCUAUAUUUUAAGAAUCGAAAUAUUAAAAAAAAAUUUUUACGAAUAGAUUGUACUUCAAGUUUGAUGCUCAACGAAAGCAUGAAAGAGUUUCGUUUUUAGGAAAAUUAAAAUUUAAUAUUCCUAAUUUAAUGUAUAAAUAGAACAAGAUCUUUGAACGUUAUAACUAAUAGGAGUGAGAGGGUCCAGUUAGCAAAACAAUUGGAAUUCCAUAUAUCGAUUGUCUAUGUCGACUUAAAGUGGGAAACGAAACCUCACGUGACAUACCGAGUUUCCCAGGGAUUUUCAUGAUUUCACACAGAAAAUAAACCCUCGCGAUAUUCGAAUCCGUGUUGAGAAUUCAAACACGAAAUGGAAAAGCUUGGCUUUCUGUAUUGCUGAAAUUUUUAUAUUAUAGAAUAAGAGAGAGAGAGAGAAAGAGGGAAUUAUUCCUUUCAAAAAUAUUGAAUUAUUAUAAAGCUGUAUCGAUAGUUUUGUUAAUUUCGGUGAAUUUAAUAUUCAAAUACAUAAAUUUUCUGAAAAAAGAAAAUAAAUUCAUCGGA